AUGUGUUUGAGAGGGGUUGCGGCUGCAAAUUUACUUCUCAACAACGACGUCUCCCGUCAAGUAGAGGAGUGUGCCCGAGAGGUGAAGCUCUUUGAAGACCGCAAUUUCCUAGUGACGGUAGUGUUCGACGGUCAGCCGCCUCCGGCCAAGGGUGGGACUUCUCAACACCGACGAGAGAGGAGGGAGAAGAGUGCACAACAGGCGCGCGCUCUACACGACGCCGGUGGCUGUCCCGUGAAGAUCAACAAGUUGGCCAGCGCCGCCUGUGCUUUCGACGGUCGAGCUACCGCUGAGAUCGCGACGCGCUUGAGAGCCCGUAUCGGGGGGGAGGUUUAUAUCGCCCCAGGCGAAGCGGAUCUACAGCUUGUAGUCUUCCAGGACAUCCAUCUCGCAACAGGGGCGAACGUGUACGUGUAUGCCAAUGACUCUGACUUAACAGUUCUUGGGGUGCGGGAUCUGUUGGUGGAAGUGGUCAAGAACACGAGAGGAGAGCUCAUCGGAAGAUGCGUCCGGCAGAGGCUGCUCUUCCAACCCACCGCAUGGUCCUUCCUCCGGAGUGGGGAUGCUCAUGGGUGGCUGCGCCAGCUGCACGGGAUACACACGCCAGUUGACGAGGGCUUAGACUACACGCCUCUCCCGGAACCGACCGCCCGCCGCCGCCUUCUCUUGUUCGCCAUGAUCGUAGGCAACGACUUCGCGAAAUUCAAAAAUGUCGGACCAGUUACUGCGGCAAGACUAGCUUUCGUUGACGCCGCAAGCGGCGUCUGGGCGACAUCUCUCCUACCAUUCGAUGCGGUUGUUGGAGACCUGGCCUCAAGACUGCUGGUGGAGUCCAAGGAGGAGGACACGCCUGCUGCGUGGCGUGAGGUUGAGAUCCGACUGCGCGCCUGCCACACCAUGUUUACACAGCCCGUGGUGUGGAACCCGCUGAGCGGCGAACUCCAACAUUUGUCCGGCGCGCCGACCAGCGAGGACAUCACCCGCCAUACAGGGACAUUGGAGCUAUCCCCCCUCGCGUCCGGCGUGGCCCGGGGGGAUGUCUGUCCGCUGACCGGGGGCGAAUGGGACCCACCGCUGGGUACAGCACAAGCGAAGGGGCAGGCGGCAGGCGAGGAUGCUAGCAGGCCGAAGAAAAAGGUAACACCCGAGAUAGCUAGUAGUCGCCCCCCGAAUGCUAGCAGCAGGACGUCUCGCGCUCGAGGUCCUCAAGAAACAAACAACUACCGCGCACACGGCUUCAGCAGACUCCCGGGGGAGACUGAAGAUUACACCAAGUGGACCGUGCCUGAGCUUCGCGAGUUUCUAAGUGUUUUUAGGUGUCUCGACAACGCCGGGACCAGCGGGUUCAACAAAGCACUCCUUGCUCAGAUGGCCGGGGAUGUCGUCAGACUGAUCAGGAGCUGCGGCGUGUUGGACACCAACUUGGCGUUUCGCCAUCCCGUUCCGGACCUCAGCUCUUUUGAAGAAAAGGAGGCCAGGCUAAUGCCGGAUCUUCCUGCGACAGGGCUGCGCAUAAAGGAGUGGUCCGCUAUGCGUCGGCAUCUCCCCGAGAUAUCGAAAGCCGUAAUCUUACGGUUCAUGCGAGAAGUGAACAAACUCGCCGGCGAGGGCUCGCGGCUGUGGUAUAGAUCGCUGCAGCGGGUGUUGGACAUGGGGAACCUCAGCAGGUUCUGGGCCGUUCCGGCAGCAGGGGGCAUAAUGUGGAUUGGGACUAGCGCGGGCGCCUCCUUCUCGGCCGACAAGGAGUACCGCGUCCGCAUCAAACUACGAGUGGAAGAAGUGGAUGAGAACGCACCCCCGACGGAGCAAGAGGAGGAGGAGGGGGAGGAAGAGGAGGAGGUCGUGGGCAACGACCCGCGGUCGGCGCAAACCCUGGUAGCCCUGGAGGUCAUCGCGGCUCUCUGCGAAUGUCCUGCAGGCAUUAAGGGGGGGUGCUCCCACGCCGCCAUGGCGCUAUUUUUAGACUGCUUCAGAUGUCUGAAGAACAGUUAGCCACGUUCAAUCCUACCACGUGUACGGGAAUGGCAUGCCGCUGGAUAAUGCAGCAUUCUAAGGGUUCUCGAUCGGCCAAACAGUGCGAGCUAUACGGCAUGAGUAUGUCGGAAGGAACCACGGGUUCCGGAGUGUUCGGGACCCGAAAGGGAAUGUAGGAUGGGACGACGACAAACA